ACAAUACACAAAAACAUAUAUAUUCUCUCUCUCAAUCUUCACUCAAGUUCCUACGGUUUGAAAGUUGAAACCACCAAUCUUCCAAUGGCUCUCUGUCUGAGAACAUCUUCAAGAAGUAUUCUCUAUUAUCUUAAAUCUAAAAUGGGUUUGUUGAGCUCUUCUUCGAGUUCUUUAACCCAUCAGCAUCUUCAAAAACCUCCAUUUACAGCUCCCACCGCUCAAAAUGUAAGAGACCCGUUUGCAAAUUUCUCUACUAAGGUGAACCUUCUCUCCACUCGCCGUUUUCAAUCUACCAAAGUCGAAGAGCAAUGGGAUUCUCUCAAUCAUGCUCAUCAUAAUCAGGUCUUAGAUUUCCCAGGAGGAAAGGUUGCAUUCACCCCUGAGAUGAGGUUCAUAUCUGAAUCACCUGUGGAGCGGGUACACUGCUACCGUGUACUUGAUGACAAAGGGCAGGUGAUUAUGAGCAGCAAAUUUAAACAGGUCAGUGAGGAAAUUGCUGUAAAAAUGUACAGUGACAUGGUUACGUUGCAAACCAUGGAUUCUGUUUUCUAUGAAGCACAGAGGCAAGGAAGAAUUUCCUUUUAUGCAACUGCAAUUGGAGAAGAGGCCAUUAACAUUGCAUCAGCAGCAGCACUCACCAUUGAUGACCUUGUCUUCCCUCAGUACAGGGAACCAGGGGUUCUGUUAUGGCGUGGUUUCUCCCUCCAAGAAUUUGCAAACCAAUGUUUUGGAAACAAAGAUGAUUAUGGGAAAGGGAGGCAGAUGCCUAUCCAUUAUGGGUCUCACAAGCACAAUUACUUCACUGUAGCAGCAACAAUUGCUACGCAAGUUCCCCAUGCAGUGGGUGCUGCAUAUUCUUUGAAGAUGGACAGAAAAAAAGCAUGUGUAAUCACUUAUUUUGGUGAUGGCGGCACAAGUGAGGGAGAUUUCCAUGCUGCUUUGAAUUUUGCGGCAGUUAUGGAGGUGCCAGUUAUAUUUUUCUGUCGGAACAACGGUUGGGCUAUCAGUACCCCUACUUCAGACCAGUUUCGAAGUGACGGUGUUGUUGUUAAAGGCCCCGCUUAUGGAGUUCGAAGUAUUCGAGUAGAUGGUAAUGAUACUCUAGCCAUUUAUACUGCAGUUCAUGCCGCACGUGAAAUGGCAAUUAGUGAAAACAGACCAAUCUUGAUUGAGGCCCUAACAUAUCGUGUGGGACAUCACUCCACUUCUGAUGAUUCCACUAAGUACCGUCCUGUUGAUGAGAUUGAAUGGUGGAGAUCAGCACGAGACCCUGUUGCUAGAUUUAGAAAAUGGAUUGAAAGCAAUGGUUGGUGGUGCAGUGAGGAUGAGUCAGAGCUAAGAACAUCUGUGAGGAAGCAGAUGUUACAUGCAAUUCAAGUGGCAGAAAAGGCAGAUAAACCACCAAUAGCCGAGCUUUUUACAGAUGUAUAUAAUGUUCCCCCAUCAAAUCUUUGUGAGCAGGAGAAAUUUCUUAAAGAAACCAUGAAAAGACACCCACAGGAUUACAUGCCAGAUGUUCCUGUUUAGAUGAAUCCAAAUGUGCAUGUAUAUGCAGCUUAGUUCAUUCAUGAAAGCUUGAACAUGUUUUCUUGCACCCGAUAUUCUUUUUCUGCUAGGGUAGUGAAAGCAUAUGAGAUGGUUGCCAUCUAACUUUAACAUGCACCCGGACCUCCAUCUUAUCAAGAACAAAUGCCUUAGUACCUUGCUUUGCUGAAUCUUUAUCAAUCCAUGCCAGCUGACAUCCGUAAUUUUGACAUGGAUGAAAAACUGAUA